CCGCCAGCCAGAGCGGGCGGCCGUCUCUUUCCCUGCCCGUCCGACUCUGCCCAUGGGCGGCUUCUGCACGCUGGCAGCGAGACCCAGAGAGGGCAAGAGCCGCUGGAAACUCAGCCUCCUGCCCUCCUCCCUUGGCCGGGCUCAGGCGGUGGGGAAGUGUUCCCUUCUUUAGUAAGGAGCCGGAAAGGGAGACCCUGAAAAACUCAUGACAGACCAUGAGCCCCCCCUGCGCGCCGCUCUCCAGGGGUUUCGUGGGACCCUUUGAAUGCAAGGACUACUAGGGUGUUCCUUCUCUGUGAAGGUUUGGGCAGUUGGGGGGGGGCGACGGCGGCGGCGGCAGCAGAGCCCCCAUUUCACAGGUUUCUUUGAAAGGACAGGGAAGCGAGUUGGGCUGUUCCAGAGCGAUUCUGUCAAGUUUUCUCCCCCCCCCAGCUGUGGCAGCAUUAUGGACACCGAGGCGUCUGCCACCUCCAGCUACAUGAACCAGACCUGGGGCUUACCCUGGCUAGGCUCCAACGCCUCCAGGUCAUCCCUUGAGCAUCACCCGAUGGAAGAGAACGGCACCUUCCUCUCUGAAAUUGGCAUUGAGAACUUCAUCACCUUGGUGGUUUUUGUUCUCAUUUUCACCCUGGGCGUCCUGGGUAACUCCUUGGUCAUCACCGUGCUUGCCCGCAACAAGCCCGGAAAGCCCCGUAGCACCACCAACAUUUUUGUUCUCAACCUGAGCAUCGCCGACUUGGCCUAUCUGGUCUUCUGUAUCCCUUUCCAGUCGACCGUGUAUAUGUUGCCCAGUUGGGCGCUGGGCACAUUCAUCUGCAAGUUUAUCCACUACUUCUUCACUGUCUCCAUGUUGGUCAGCAUCUUCACCCUUUCGGCAAUGUCUGUGGACCGCUAUGUGGCCAUUGUGCAUUCUCGGCGCUCCUCAUCCCUCCGGGUGUCCCGUAACGCACUGUUGGGUGUAGGGGUCAUCUGGCUGCUCUCUAUUGCCAUGGCCUCACCUGUGGCUCACCACCAGCGCAUUGUCCACCAGGCAACUAUUAAUCAGACCUUCUGCUGGGAAGUGUGGCCCAAUCUUCAGCAGAAAAAAAUCUACGUGAUCUGCACUUUUGUCUUUGGGUACCUGUUACCUCUGCUGCUCAUCUCGUUCUGUUACGCUAAGGUCCUCAAUCAUCUCCAUAAAAAGUUGAGAAAUAUAUCAAAGAAGUCAGAAGCAUCCAAGAAAAAGACAGCGCAAACAGUCCUGGUUGUUGUAGUGGUUUUUGGGAUAUCCUGGCUGCCGCAUCAUAUCGUACACCUCUGGGCUGAAUUUGGAGAUUUCCCCCUCACUCAAGCAUCAUUUCUCUUCCGAGUGACAGCUCAUUGUCUGGCUUAUAGCAAUUCCUCUGUGAAUCCUAUUAUAUACGCAUUCCUAUCUGAAAAUUUUAGGAAGGCCUACAAGCAAGUGUUCCGAUGCCAGAUUGGUAACAGCUCCCCUCUAAAUGAAGUUAAAGAAAAUAAGACUAAUAUUGACACACCACCAUUUACUAACUCUACACACGUGUGAAGGAAAACAAUAGAUGUCUUUAACUGCAAUGCUGUUUUUUUUCAUGUGAAUGGACUUGUUCUGAGGG